CGUAAAAGGAUGUCGCUAAGCUCACAAGUCACAACAUUUUAAACUCUUUACGUUAAUCAAAUCGAUGUUGUUGAACAAUAAAAUCGCAAAUUAGGAACCUGUGAAGUGUUAUAAAGUGAUAAAAGUGUCAAUAAAGGUGUGAUAGAACUUAACUUGUGUUGAUUUAUAGAGUAUUCUCGUGGUUUUCAUGUAAAAAUCACGGAACAAUACUUUUAACGGAACCUGACGGAUGAACAUAAAUUCUAUUGGUUAUUCUGUAGUUGCGAUGCAGUCCUGAUACCGGCGUGAUGAUGAGGCUCGAGGCUUCCGACCACCAGCACCGCUACCACAACCUACUCGAUGACGACCAUGCCAAUGAAAUGCUAGAAAGCGAAGGCGCGGGGCUGGCAGCGCGCGUAGCGGAGCUGGAAGUGCGGUGCUCGAGGCAAGCUGAGGAACUGCUAUGUCUCCGGUCAACCCUCGCAGACGCGCUGCGGCGACUGAACGCGCUUGAGGGCAGAGCUCCAGCCACGUCUGGUGCACAGAGAAAUGGGACCUACUCAGGUAACCCUGGCACACCUACGCGUGAGCUCAGGAUCCGACAGCCCUCCUAUAGGGAAAGCGUCAAACGUACCUCCAGCUAUGGAUCCAGUGCCUCUUCCCUCUCACAAAGACGCGGUCCACAGCAUCAGUCUACAGGGUCUCUGCAAUCUGAUUCACCGGCAUCGUCUUCCUCUCUGUCCCCCGCGCCCUCGCCCUCCCCGCGCGCAACGCCCGCCCCUCACGCACCGCACACAGUACAACCGUAUAGAUCUCGCAAUAACUCCACGUCCGCGUCGAGUCGACAAGACGUACAGUCGCCUUCACCGGCCGUCAACAGCCUCACCAAGAGAUGGAGUUCCACGGGAGACUUCAACGCGCAAGGGCUGCUGCCGAGCGCAAGGUUUACAACAACCAAGUCUUUGCUAAACUUGUAUUCAAAGCAAUCGACGCAAAACGGGCCUAUAUUGAAACAUGGCACCCACACCUGUCAGUACAAUGAAGAAGAUGGUUCAAUACGGAUGUUCUUGCGGGGCCGGCCCGUGGUGUUAUACGCGCCGAGCGACCACGAUAAUUUGGACCCCGCGAAGGUCGCCCCACCACCUCAAAACAAGCUCAAGUUAGAAUGGGUUUAUGGUUAUAGAGGCAAAGACUGCCGCAGCAACCUGUACCUGCUGCCCACGGGAGAGAUCGUGUACUUCGUAGCGGCAGUUGUGGUGCUGUUCAACGUGGAGGAGCAGUGCCAGCGGCACUACACGGGGCACACGGACGACGUCAAGUGCAUCGCCGUGCACCCCAACAAGCUGGUCAUAGCCAGCGGCCAGUGCGCGGGCCACGACAGGCUCGACGCCAGGCCUCACGUGCGCGUGUGGAACUCCGUGUCGCUGGCCACGCUGGCGGUGAUCGGCGCGGGGCACAUGGAGCGGGCGGUGGCGUGCGUGACGUUCUCGCGCGCGGACGGCGGUGCGCUGUUGGCCUGCGUGGACGACGGGCCCGACCACACCAUCUCUGUGUGGGAGUGGCAGCGGGACAAGCACUGCCUGGCCGAGACCAAGUGUUCGGUCGACACAGUGGUCGCGGCGGAGUUCCAUCCGCUAGACCGCAACCAGAUAGUGACGUGCGGGAAGAGCCACAUCGCGUUCUGGACGCUGGACUCGUCCAACGUGCUGUACAAGCGGAUGGGAGUGUUCGAGACGCGCGACAAACCCAAAUAUGUUACGUGCCUUGGGUUUAAUCAUAAUGGAGACGUAAUCUCAGGGGAUUCCAACGGCAAUAUCAUAGUUUGGGGCCGCGGUACAAACACGAUACAGAAACUAGUCCGGGGGGUCCAUGAAGGGGCAGUGUUCAGUCUCUGCAGCCUGAAGGAUGGUGGCGUGGUGACCGCGGGCGGCAAGGAUGGCAGGCUGGUGCUGUUCGACGGAGACCUUAAUGCCACGGGCACGGAGAAUAUAAUCGAAGGUCACUACGGCGGAGUCCGCGUGGUGGCGGAAGGCCGGGGACGACAGCUGUUCGUGGGCACCACUAGGAAUUGCAUUCUACACGGAGACUUGCAACUUGGCUUCGUGCCCGCUGUACUGGGCCAUGUGGACGAAGUUUGGGGUCUGGCCGCGCACCCGACUCUCCCGCAGUUUGUGUCGGCUGGUUGGGACCGGCUCCUUCAGCUUUGGGACGGCCUCAGCCACUCUACUGUGUGGAGCAAGGACAUUGAGGAGCGCGCCCAGUGCGUGGCGUGGUCGGGCGACGGCUGCGUGAUCGCCGUGGGCUGCACCACUGGGAAAUGGCUGGUGUUCGACCCGCACUCGCGGGACCUACUCGCCGCACAUCACGAUGGCACGGAACCGAUCCAAACGAUCCAGUACUCGCCGAACAACCUGUUCGUAGCUAUUGGAUCCCGGGACAACUUCAUCUACAUCUAUCAAGUUGACGACAACGGUUCCCGAUACUCCAGACUAGGAAAAUGUCUCGGCCACUCAAGCUUCAUCACGCACUUGGACUGGUCGGAGGACAGCCAGUACAUAAGGAGCAAUUCCGGAGACUACGAACUUCUGUUUUGGAACGCGACCACUUGCCGCCAAGUGCCGUCGCCGACAUCGCUGCGGGACGUGGCGUGGGCCACCACCACGUGCCCCAUCACCUUCCACACGGUGGGCGUGUGGCCGGAGAACGCCGACGGCACGGACAUCAACUCUUGCGCCAGAUCCCACGACAGUCGGCUGGCGGCGACGGGCGACGAUUUCGGCAAAGUCAAACUAUACGCUUAUCCCGUCACGCAACCAAAGUCGCUGUGCCAGGCGUACGGCGGGCACUCGUCGCACGUGACAUGUGUGCGCUUCCUGCCCGACGACACUCGCCUGCUGUCCGCCGGCGGCAACGACGCUGCGUUGCUUCAGUGGCUGGUCGACUAGACGCACUUUUCUUUUUAAUUUUCAGAAGCAUGCGUGCCACGACAUAAUUAUCUCUAUCGUCCACCUGCUAUCUCGUCUAUCGCUUUAGAAAAAAAAAAUCUAAAGCGAUAGACGAGAUAGCAGGUAGACAUAACUUUCUCGUGGUGCACACGCUAGUCGUACGGGGCCCCAAGUCUGUUAUUAUAUGUAGUAAAAAAGCUUUUUGUGUCAAAGCUUUCCCCGGGUAGUACAACAGCAAUGCUUAUUUCUGCCGCCAAGCAGAAUUGCUGAGUUUCGGUCUGAAGGGCGUGGUUGCCGGUGUAAUUAUAAAUGAGGAUUCACACCUACGCCUCAGUUUGAUGGACACAGGGUGGCAGGAGCUUAGUCAGAUAAUAAAUAAUGAACGUUGUUAUAAUAUUAGGUAUAUCUUUUUCAUUACCACUUUUGUCGUUGGUCGACCAUAGACGCAAUUGCAAUAGCAGACUUGGGCCCCUUGCCCGGCUAGCAUAGGCAGGAGACAAAAAUAAUUAUAUCUCCCCCGAUUAUAUCCCCGGGAUGAAACUAACAGAGA